GCACAAGGCUUCAAAUGCAUUCGCUGCGGUAAAGUUUUUUCACGAAAAUACGAUUUAAAGAUUCACAUGCGAACGCACACAGGCUUCAAACCGUUAAAGUGUCGCUUUUGUGGGCGAGCAUUCAGCGACCCAAGCAAUCUCAACAAACACACGCGACUGCACGCUGAGAUGAGGGCUCCGUACACAUGCGAGGAUUGUGGCAAGCUGUUCGUUCGACGGAGAGAUCUCCAGAGGCAUGUCAAGUCC